AAAAAUUGUUUGGAAAUUUGAUUAGUGAGAGUGGAAAAGGAAUAGUAGCAGAGAAAGAGUGAUGUCGACGAGUGAAGAUCAACGACAAGUGAAGCAGAAGCAACCAAAAGAUGGUGAACGGAUCCUCGCCCCGACCCGUCGACCCGAUGGUACACUCCGAAAACCAGUUCGCAUCAGAGCUGGUUAUACCCCUCAAGAUGAAGUCGCUAUUUAUCAACCUAAACCCGCCCUCAUGAGAAAGGAAAUGGCCUCACACAUUGGUCCUCCUGGUUAUGACCCUCAAUUGGAUUCUAAACCUAAAACCAAAGCUGUUAAGAGGAAUGAAAGAAAAAAGGAAAAGAAACGCCUUCAGGCAAAGGAAACUAACUUAGAACCAACUGUAGUUGAAGAUAGCAGAAAGCAAGAAAAUGUAAUUGUGGAGAAUUCUGUUCAUUCAUUAACUUCUCAGAUCAAUGAACUAGCUGUUUCUGGAGAUACAUCCAUCGUUACUCCUACCACCAAUUCCGUGGAAGCUUCGGAGCCAAUUGGGUCAGCUCAAGAUUUAGACAAGAGAAUUCGAGCAUUAAAAAAGAAGAUUCGACUUACAGAAGCCCUUCAGGAGAAAACUGCAGAGCAAGAUUUAAAGCCGGAGCAGUUAGAGAAGCUAGCAAAGCUGGAAGAUUGGCGUAAGGAGCUAAAACAAUUAGAGGAUAAAAAGGCUGAAAUAUCGGCAGCUUGAUUAAAGUGUUUAAAUUAGGAUGAUAAGAAUUUGUAGUUCUUAAUGUUUCUUGGUUAGAUAUAAACUCCAAAUCAGUAAUCUAUCAAGGAUUUUCUUUUCAUCGUCUCUUUUUACCUGGCACUUUGCGCUACAAUAUUUUAGUAUAUAACUGUUCGGGAGUUACCUUACCCAUCAAUAACCUUAUAUACUAAAGAAAUUCAACAUGAGCUUUGUGUUUGCUUGAA